GAUUCAGAAAGGGAUUAGACAUUUAUAUGGACAAUAUCAUCUUAACUUCGCUGGUAUACAAAAUGUAGAAGGGAUAUAAAUCCUCAUGCUUCAGGAUAUAAGCCUACCACUAACUGAUGGGGGUCAGGAAGAAACUUCUCCUAUGGGCAGAUCAUUUCUUCAGAUAAAGAAUAUUUCUUCUCCCAACCUGCCCUGCCUCACACCUACAGUACCCCGCAGCAACAAGAGAGCUCAGUGACGUGAAAAGAAUGGAACAUGACAACAGCGAAGACGACGACAGCAGAGACACCUCCGAAGAAAUGCGCUAGAGCCCUUGGGCCGUCACGCUUCAGGAAUGUGCGUGAGGUACUAGGAUACCUGGAGAUGGGGGGUGUCCUGCUGGCCGUAGCCACUUUCGAUCUCCUGGCUUCUGCCCCCUACCCAGCUGGCAGGGCAUUGUGCAGCACCCUUUCCAGCCCACCUGGGUGCAGGAGACCAAGGAAGAGAGCAUCUGCCAUCCAGCUCCAUCCCAUCUAGAGCAAUUCCAGGAUGGAGCGGCUGAAGCGGAUGCUGAGGAGGAAGGCUGGGCAGGUGGCUCUGGAGCCAGUAGGGAGCAGCGUCCGUCUUGCCCAGGAGGAGAGUGGCCCCUCUGUCCCCGCGGGCGGGGAAGAGGUUGGUGGGCAGGCAAAGCGGAGGAGCUCCCUGACCUUCUGGAGAAAGAGAAAACCACCAGCUCCCUUAGCAGGCCCUGAGGCACCUUCUGGUCCCAAAUGGAGGUGGCCCCGGGUGAUGCUAUGUAGGGACCCAGGAGAGGGCGGGAGCCAGGCAAGGUGGCUCUGCGGCUUCCUUUCCCGGAAGCAGAGGAGGCAGCAGCCCAGCCCCAGGGCCCAGCAGAAGCCAUCCACCAGCCUGCCCACCGAGGAGCCUCCAGCCAGCCCAGAGCAGGAGCUGGGUGGCUCCGGCACAGGAACCAGCAGCUCCGCCUACUCCCGAGGGGCCAGCAGCUCCUCUAUGGGGUCUGACAGCCCUGAGGUUGAAGGCUCCCUCUGUGCAGAGACCCCCAGUGCCCAGCAGCAGUGGGCUGGGAGGAGGAAGAGGAGUGGGCUGAGGAGGAGGAAGAGGAAGAAGAGAAAGGAGGAGGAGGAGGAUGUGUCCCCUGAACAAGACACCAUCAGGGUCAUCCAGCAGCACCUCCAGGGCAGAGCUGAGUCCUAGUUGGUGGAGGACAGGGCCCAACAGCUCGGCUUCCUCCAUGUUGUCCCACGUCUGAGCUGCUUGGCACAGCAGCAGGAGCUGGACUCUCUGGAGCCCCAGGUCUCCAAAGCAGCCCUCGUGGAGAGCAUUGUGGUGAGUGGGAC